UAAAUCCUCGCACUGAAUUCAAAAUCAAGACGAGAAGAAGAACCAUAAUGCCCUCAGCAGCUCUUCCAGUUCCACCGCUGUCCACCGCAACCGAUGUGUCGUCCGUUGUGGCCUCUUUCGAUGGCACAACCCUGGCCUUCUUGGGUGGUGGUUCUAUCGCCGCCGCGGCCGCUGUGCUCUCCUUUGCCGACCCUGAGAAGCGUAGGCAGCUGCAGGCCGAGGAGGUCGGAGGAGGGGACAAGGAGGUGGUGAGGGAGUACUUUAACAACUCCGGCUUCCAGCGAUGGAGGAAAAUCUACGGAGAGACCGACGACGUUAACAAGGUCCAGCUCGACAUCCGACUUGGCCACUCCAAGACCGUCGAGAAUGUCAUGAAGAUGCUCACCGACGAGCGCCCCUUGGAAGGCGUCACCGUCUGCGAUGCCGGCUGCGGCACUGGUUGCCUCUCCAUUCCCCUCGCCAAGCAGGGCGCCAUUGUCUCCGCCAGUGAUAUCUCUGCCGCCAUGGUUGCCGAGGCUGAGAAACAGGCAAGAGAAGAGCUUCUUCAAGGGCAGAGUGAUGGAAAGGCAAUAAUACCAAAGUUUGAAGUGAGCGAUUUGGAGAGCUUAGAAGGGAAGUACGACACGGUGGUAUGUUUAGACGUGUUGAUACAUUACCCGCAGAGCAAGGCGGACGGGAUGAUAGCGCACUUGGCAUCGCUGGCAGAGAAACGUUUGAUACUAAGCUUUGCUCCUAAGACAUUCUACUACGAUCUGUUGAAGAGGGUAGGAGAGCUAUUCCCGGGGCCUUCCAAAGCCACCCGAGCUUACCUUCAUGCAGAGGCCGAUGUUGAGAGGGCAUUGAACAAGAUUGGAUGGCGGAUCAGGAACAGAGGUCUCGUCACCACUCAGUUUUACUUCGCCAAGUUGGUCGAGGCGGUACCUGCUACUUGAAUCACCCACUGAUGCGUGCAGACACACACAAACAGACAGUUCGAGUUGAUUUUCUCCUGCUUGUCUCCCUCUGACGGAUCGAAGGCAACGCUAAACCAAAGUAUUAAAUAUCAGCUAUUA